CAAAAAAAAAAAAAAAAAUCGCCAUUCGUCAUUCGUGGGUCGAAAUAAAUAGUCCAACGAAGGAAAUGUAAUUUUCCUCUGAAGUUCAUAAAGUUGAUGUUGUUGUGCCUUUUCAACGAAAACCCUUUGCAUGAUUUGAAGACAGCAGUCAAUAGUCAAGGCGCAUAAGUGUAACUAAUGAAACCAAAGAUGACCGCAGAGUCUAAAAAAGCCCAAAAUGUCUCAUCGAAUUUGCUUAGUCAAGAGGAGAAUCGGAAAAUAUUUCUUUCCUUAGGGAAACAACGUACAACAAUCGCAACUGCUGUUGUUCAGUUAUUUCUUACUGAAGAAUCAUAUCAUUCAACAUGGCAUAAAAAAUGCUGUGGUGUUGUUUGCCUGGUGAAAGACUGUGAGCGCCGUUCUUAUUUCAUCAAAGUAUUUGAUAUGGAUAAAAUGGCUUGGCAGUGGGAACAGGAAUUGUAUAAUCCUUUUGAAUACAAAUCUAAAGCUGUUUUCUUCCAUAUAUUUGAAGCAGAUAACUGUAUGGCAGGCUUAAAUUUUGCUAGCAAUGAUGAAGCUUUAAGUUUUGAGUCUACUGUGCAAAAAAUACUUCAAAAAAGAGAUGAAAGAAAACGAGAACGUAGACGAGCACAACAAACUAUACAACCUUCUAAUGCUGGUAUUGUUGCAGCUCGGGCUAAAUCAGAAUCAACACAGUCAUUAUCUAAUGGCAGAGAUGUAAAAAAAGAGAAAAAAAGGAAGAAAAAACUUACAAAGGAAGAUAUUAGUAAUCCUACAAAUUUUACGCAUUUGCGUCAUGUUGGUUGGCAUCCUGAAAAAGGAUUUAGUGUUGAAAGUGUAGAUCAAGAGCUGAAAGAUUUUUUUGAUUUGGCUGGUGUGUCAGACAAAGAUUUAAAGGAUUCUGAUACAAGAAAUUUCAUUUAUGAAUUCAUCGCUAGUCAUGGUGGUGUGGAGCGUGCAAAACAAGAGAUUGGUGGUAAAGCGUCAACUCCGCCUCCGGUUCCAUCCAGGGAUGUUCCACAAACUCCUCGUGCUCACCGAGUCCACACCAGAUCUGCUGCUCCGCCUCCUCCUCCAUCUGUGCCACAUGCGAUUCACCACCACCCCACACCCCCGCCCGUGCCAGCUUCAUACACCCAACAAGCACCACCGGCACCACCACCUCCUCCUCCCCCUCCCCCACCACCCGCACCGGUGGCAUCAACGCCGGCAGCGCCACCGCCUCCCCCACCCCCUCCUCCCAUGGGAAUGCCUUCCCCUAAGCCCAACCUCCCUGCGGUGAGUUCGAGUCGGGGGAAUCCUCCUCCUCCCCAAGACAACAGAUCUGCUCUGCUCGAGCAGAUACGGAAAGGGAAAGAGCUGCACCAUGUUGAAAUCAAUGGAAACGAAAGUAGUUCUGCUUCUUCUGCUUCUUCUGGAGGAGAUGAUACAAGGGGAGCUUUACUUAGCCAAAUUAGACAAGGAAUUGUUUUGAAAUCGGUAUCUGAAGAAUCAAAAAGUACUUCUGCUCCAGCACCAAUGGAUGGCUUAGCUGGUGCACUGGCUAGAGCUUUACUCGAGAGGAAUCGAGCUAUUCAGCCGACAGAUGAAAGUAGUAGUGGCAGUGAUGAAGUUGAUGAUGGAGAUGAAUGGGAUUGAAUACUGAAAGAAAAAUAAGCUGUAUAUUUAAAGUUAUUUUUCAGGUUUCACUCCUACUUCUGUCUAAUGCGAGAAAUUGUAUUUGUACAUUAUCUAAAUACAAACAGAUUAAUGUUCACCCUGUGAUGUAACUUUGAAAGAAAAUAUAUUCUCUAUUACUAGUUACAUUUUAUAUUCAAAUAAAAUAUUUAUUUAUUUA